GAACUGGUAAAAUUCAACAGCUUGUAUAGGCUACUAGGCGAUGCGAGCAUCAGUACAUCAGACGGAUAAGAGGAUCGUCUCUUGAUCCCCCGCUUCCAGUUGUAGUGAGUCAACUUAGUAAGUUGAAGGGGCAUGGUAAAUAGUUCUAAUUUUAGUUGGCAAGAAUAAAGUAUGAUUGAAAGAGACAGAUAAAGAAGAGACCCAGAAGAUCUCCGCUGUCCGUGUCGUCCUGACGACUAUAAUAUGUCGUCCACCAUGUUGACCACUGCGACGAGGACGAACAGCGGCAAACACUUUGAGCAGGCACACUAUUUCUCUAGACCACCACCGCUGGAAGGAUUUUUUGACGUCGCCUGUUUGCGAUUGAAGAAUAAGAUUCUCCUUUAUCUCGACGAAGCCGAGGAAUUGGAGCGUGAAUAUCAACGAUCAAUGGAGUUCAUGAACUACAUGUUCUCAACAUCUACAACUUGUACAAGAAGAGAAAGAACGAGGAGUGGACCACGAGCAUCUACUGAGCAUUCGGGUCUUGGAUUUGACGUUUUUGGCUUCUGCAGUGCUGAUACCACAACAAACUGGCAUUUACGUUCAGAAGAGCAGAAAAAAUACUCCGGUCAUGGUGUGCUCACUACAACACCAGCUUCAGCGUUCACUUGUAGUACAACGCAACCACCUGCUACUCGUGCUGGUGCCGCGAUCGCGCGUGCUGGCCGGAGUCGAGUAGUAGAUAGCCAAUCCUCAUUCCGCCAAGGAACGGCGUGUGAAAGUACAGACACCAGACAAAGAAUGGCAAUGGAGGAAGAAGGUAUUUCUAUCAGCCUUUGCUUGGUGGUCCAGGUCUUGGUCGUGGUCUUGUUGUAGUUUUCACUUUCGUACAUUUGAACCCGGUUCUACAAUGCCUACUCCGCUCGUACAACGUGCUUACAGGGUGCAGAACUAACGCUCGCGGUACGCCGUCAGUGUCCCCGACGCAUGGCAUACCGCGGGGAGGCUCUGCGCCAGAAAGAUACAAGAUCUACAGCGACAGCGAGACGGUGAGCGAUGCGGUAUCGCGAAACUCGUCAGUGCAGCAGCAGUGGAUUAAUUUGCCAUACCGCGGACACGGAGAGGACGCCAGAACACCCAGCUCAUCGUCGACGAGUGCUCUACACAGACUCCCAGUGGACCUUGAUGACUUGCCAUGUCAUAAGAAUGCGGCUAGUAGAAGUACCACAGGACGACAACAAGUUGCGCAUCAGGUUCGCCAGGGUGAAAAACACAAGGCCGGGACGGACACCCAGUUCAGCGACAGGGUGAGGCAGGAGCUCAUCGGUGAAGCCAAUGUGUCGCGGCUAUUGCAAGAAAUUGACAUCGUCAGGGAAGACUUGCACUUGCAAAGGGCGGCAAUCUCCAGCUCGUUUUUCAACGAAAAGGGCGACAGCAUGCAGCAGUCUAUGCUAACAAAUAAUGUGGUUUUUGCACAGAUGGACGUCGAACAAGGUUUCGAUGAUAGAAAUCGACUUCACGUUGAUCUCUGCCAAAAGCAAGAUUCGAGCUUGAGUGAACAAGAUGUGGAACAAGACGCAUUCCCCGCUUAUCGACAGGUACAGCCACAUGUUCAUGUUGAAGACGGCAACGCAUUUUUACGAGACGAUGCCAGCCCGGACGGAGCCACAGCAAUGCUCUACGGCUAAGGCAGUAGUUGAAAGGCGAUGAAUCCGUGUUAAAUACACGUGAUACUAUUGGACACAAGAUUUGAGUUUCAAAUUCAAGAAUUGCUGUUUGUUUUUCUGGUAGAGGCUGGCUUGCAUUGCACUAAGAUCAAUUAAGUCUGCUGGAAUCAGAAACACUGAAAUAAAUAUAGCGACAAAAAUAUGAUUGAUGGCGUG